AUGGAAUCGCGACUCAAUCUCGACUCUGCCGGCCGCGAGUUUGAUAAAUGGCUGGAUUGGAACGGCACGGCCAAUGCCUCUACGACCAAUUCCAUUGAAGAUACCUCCACUGUUGAACCUCAACACCUCUUCCAACUUCCAAUUUCCCCUUCUUCGACCGCAAACGGAGACGCACAACCUUCUCUCACAACCGAUCUCCUCACCGCCCCCCCUGCACUCGACGUCCUCACUCCCCGGCACAGUUCGGCAUCCCCAGAAUCACGUUCCAGUCUGGAUUUAAGACUGAGCGGGGAUACUCUACGAGAGCAAACAACUCCUAGUGAGCGUCCAGUGCUAAAGCGGAAACUCUCUCCCACCGACGUGCCAACGACCGAUCACCAUCACGACGCCCCGACGCCAGCCGCAAAGAAGCGUCCACACAACGUCAUUGAGAAGAGAUAUCGUGCCAAUCUCAAUGAAAAGAUAGCUGAGCUGAGGGAUAGCGUACCUAGUCUUCGAAUUACCAAGAAAUCAAAAGCACGGGACGUUUCGACGGGAGAUUCUGACGAGGAAGACUUGGACGGUCUCACCCCAAGCAAUAAGCUCAAUAAAGCCUCAAUCCUGACAAAGGCUGUCGAGUAUAUUCGCCACUUGGAAUUCCGCACCAAACGGCUCGAAGAGGAGAAUAGAUCCCUUAAAGAACGACUCGAGACCUUAGACAAAGUCAUUGCCCAGGGAGGUCAUGACGCCCAACGGACUGCAGCUUUCACAAGCGACACAAUCAUCGAGGAAGCAAACUCCGAUCCCACCCCCCCAUCUGACAGUACCAAAACACCGUCAAAUCCACCCCAGGGCUUGAUUCCCCUUCCCGAAAGCUGGCGCCGGUUACGCCAGAAUCAGCCUCAAGAGCAUUAUGGCCAUAUUUACGACACUCCAUCCGACCGGGCAAAAUUCAUGGGCAAAUGGCCUACGCGAAUUAUGCUCGGUUCUUUGGCUGGUCUCAUGAUCAUGGAUGGUUUCACAGAAUCUGAUACAGGCACUGAGUCCCGUGAGAAAGGCCUUUUUGGCAUUCCUCUGGAGCUUCUUGAUGGCUGGAAAUUCCUCCGAUCUCCCAAGAUUUAUCUGGCCGCUUUCAGCCAAUUUUGUCGGGCAGGAGGCGUUAUUCCAUUGGUCAAGGGAUUUGUUGCUCUGACAGUGCUCGCCUUCCUGAUGUUCUCCUAUCUCUUCAACUCAAAACCUCCACCCAAAGCCGACAUUGAAGAGCUGGGCACAAAUUCGAAUCAGGCACCAGCUCCGGCCUCCCCAAUCGAGGUCAGGCGUCGAGCUUGGAGCACAAGCAUGCAGGAGCUACGUCUCCCUCACCACAGCUUCUUUCCGGAAUGGCUUGCAAUCACUUCUGAAUGGCUCAAGUACACUUUUGGCUACCUAUUUGGGCAACGCGCAUACGCUUGGCUUACUGGUCGCACUGCCGGUGAUGACGUUGCCCGGAUCAAAGCUUGGGAUAUUGCCAUUGAUGCGCAGUUGGCGGGGGGAGAUGUCGAAGUCAGCCGCAGCAGAGUGGUCUUGACCAUCUUUGGAUCAGGCACCCUACCCAGUACACCCUUGAGAUUGAUGCUAAAAGCGCUUCAUUGUCGGGUUCUGCUGUGGAACGUGGGAUCAUUCGGAACGGCCACUUCCAGAAUUGCUAACCGCGUUGGGAAAUUCUUUACAAACCGACAAUGGAGCCGAGCAAAGGAGUCACACGAUAAAUUACCCCUGCGUCAUUCUGAUCGACUUCCGCGGUAUCUCUCUGAAAUGCUCGAGAUGCCGUGCGACGACGUGUUUCUAGACACAGUCUGCCAAAGAGCGUACAACCUCAUGUACGAUCGACCCACGCAAGAGGAUUCCUCAAACCAGCUUUUGGAUGUUGUCGUCGAAGACCACGCCGUCAAGUCACCGCUGGACGCAAUUGCGGCAUGGCGAUCAACAUACUCUUUGACGAAGGCUCUGGAAUUGUCUUUACAAUACCCCGAAAAUUCCGACCUGGUGCAGAAACACCUCACCGUUGCACUAAAAAUCGCCCCCCCAGGUUCUGCAGCUGAGACACGGGCAUUGGCAGCCAGCUCCGUCUUGAGCACUGUCGCCCGAAGUACCUGUUUCGCCCGUGCGUCCAGAGCGAUGGAGGUAUCCACCCCGAACGGCCCAUCAACAGAUGAUGCGCAGCCGCCUUAUUUUAUUGACUCUUCAACACCGGUAUCGGCCAGAGCUGAUAUCAUGAAUUGCUUACACUGCGCGAAGACCCUCCAAAUCCUUGAAUAUGACCAUGACCAAGAAAAAGCCCUAUCAUAUUUCUCCUCGAAAGGUCUUGACACCGCAAAUGCCAGUAUACUGACCCAAGCAGCGGUCAAACAUCUUCUCCGACGGUUACCCAUGAUUAGAGCACCAGCACCUGCUGGUGGAGAAGAGGUUCGAGCUCUAUCACAUGGUAUUAUUUUCGCGGCUGACGUCUUGGGUUCAAAAAAUAGCAUGGAGAAAUAUCCGAGGCGGGAUAGCAUACACAGCAAUGACACGGGUUACGAAAGCCAGGAUGACUCUAUUUCUUCAUGGGGUCUAGAUAGGGAUGUACGGCUGGCCGAACCAGAGUCGUUGGCGUUGGGAAAUGAAUUUGUGGUUUGA